AUGAUGGCUACACGUCGUCUGCGGGCGUCGACGUACUCAACAACAAAACAAAAAGCGCUCGACGAUGCGAUACGAAUGCAAAAGGCUGUGCUCGAAUCAUGCAAGUUGUUGGGAACCGAGAUCCCCGCUUACCAUCUCACCGAACUUAUUGGGAAGGGAUCCUUUGGUCGUGUAUACAAAGGCAAAUCUCUCGUGAAAGGCGAGCUGGUAGCAAUUAAAAUUAUCGACAUCGAUCAGAGCGACACGGUAAACCCAAAGUUUGCCGAUACAUACAGCGACUUGUUGAAGGAAAUCAAGGCGCUCAAGCUGCUCUCGCGGGGCGGCGCAAAGAAUAUUAACUUGGUCAUCGAGGCGAUACAAGUCGGCCAAUCCAUGUGGGUGGUGACCGAGUAUUGCGCAGGAGGAAGUGUUUCUACGUUGAUGAGACCGACGGCACCCGGCGGCUUACAAGAGAAGUGGAUUAUUCCUAUUUUGCGAGAGGUAGCUGUUGCUCUGCGCUGGGUGCAUAGAGAGGGGAUCAUACAUCGCGAUCUAAAAGGUGCUAACAUUUUGAUCACGGAAGACGGUCGGGUCCAGCUGUGUGAUUUUGGAGUUGCUGGCGUGGUUGAGACAAAAGUCGACAAAAGAACUACGGUGAUUGGAACACCACACUGGAUGGCACCAGAGCUAUUCGACCAGCGGGCAUCGUAUAGCACUGAGGUGGACAUUUGGGCCUUUGGAGCCAUGGCGUAUGAGAUUGCUUCUGGAAAGCCGCCUAAUGUCAUGCUGGGCAUGAACCUGAUGAAGCUUGGUGCCCACUUGAAGAGACAGAGUCCUCGUUUAGAGGGAAGUCAAUAUUCACCCGAGCUAAAAGACAUGAUAGCUUGUUGUCUACAAAAAGACAUUAGCAAGCGACCAACAAUCAGCAAGAUCCAACGGCAUCGCUACAUAUACAAAACGGAAGACGCCUACCCAACAUCGUCUCUAUCGCAUCUAGUUCGUGCCUUUCGCCUCUGGGAGGCACAAGGUGGCGAGCGACAGUCUCUCUUCUCUGCUGGCGGAGCACAGAGAGUUAGCAAGAGAUUUGGCAGCCGCCCUUCGGAGAUUGCGAAUGAUGAAGAUUGGAACUUCAGUACCACAGCAGCCUUUGAUAAGAAAGUGCUUACAGACGGUGUUGCUGAAGAUGUCUUUGACGUGUACGGCGCAGGUGUCGAUUACAAUCAACAAGACUUCAACGACGACACUAUCAAGCCGAUGCCACCCAAGACACGACGGCGACAUCCUCCCGAUCUUCCAAGGCUUAAAGCCCCAAUAGAGAAAGUAUUUGAUCCUUAUACUUUGUCACGGUAUGAUGACAAUUCAAAGCUCUAUUAUGGAGGUUAUCGUGCGCCGCCAAUGGAUCCGCCACCACCUCCGCCCCGAGCUAUUCUCCCAACACCCCGCGAAUCUCUCAUCGAUCUUGAUGCGUCUUUCAUGGAGGGUCGGCAAUCCCAAUACGUCGAUUUACAUACACUACGACAUCCCAGCACCGUCAUUUACGACUUUGAAGAUGUUUCAUCUUAUGCAAAUUACACGAUGCGCCGUCUAAGUGACCCAGCAGAUACCAACCUUAAUCGACGAACGCAGGACUGGAAAUUCCCAUUCAUGACAUCACCAGCUACGCCUAAACGCCAGUCAAUAUUGCGAGAAUCAAAUCGAUAUCCGCUCUAUGGCGAUGCGUCACUCCUACAAGCUAGCAGUCCAAUCGCUCUAAAAAGCCCAUCUGAAGCCAUCCUCUCAACAUCUGCGCCUACGAACGACUCAUUCCUUAGUAACAGAUUGACUGUUGGGAGUCUCAUCAACUUUGAUGUCAGUUUUCCAGACCUAGACAACCUCUCUAUUGGAUACCGUCCAACCACGUCGCUGUCUAAAGUCGAAUCUAUGGAAUCGACUAUCGCGAGCUCAUCAUCCGAGUCUGGUGAAACCCUCUUUGAACUGGAGCGCUACGUAUCGUUUGACACACCAUCUGUUAAAGUGCGUGAUCCGUCUUUCGACGCUGGCGACGAUCUCAGCUUUGGUACUUCUCCUUCAUCUUCCUCUACCUCUUCUUCCUCCUCUUCCUCAAAACAAACGUCUUACCUCCCGGAGCUCUACUUUCAAAACAGCUUCUCCUCUCUCCUCAGCCACUUUACCGAUACCGACCUCGAAUUCUUCAACGUUUUCGGAUCCAAUGACUUACAAGCCGAUUAUCAACCAAUCGGCCAUCACGACCAGAAACACAUCUCGAUAGCACGGCCAUAUCUAGAAUUACCGCUUGACCCGCCAGACGCACCAUCAUCUCACAUCAUGGAAGGCCAUACAAACAACGAAGAAGUCAAGAAUGAGCUUCGCCGACUCGCAAGGAGUUUAAGUAACCAUUUAAGCUAUGCCAACAGCUACAUCACUAGUCUCCCAGCCCGAAAGACAAGCGGUGGGAAUGGCAAGACUCGGAAGAAGCUAAAGAGAAGCGUUCCUCUUGAGCAGCGAAGCUAAAUAUUUGAUUUUCUACAAUAUUUGUCAUAUCUACGUUGAGCGGAGACUGUCCCUUCUAUCAUUUCCUCUAGUCGUUAUUUUGCCCUACUACUUUUACACCAUGUUUGCAUGGCGCUCUUGAUGAGGCCAUUUCCCUUCUUUAUGUUGAUGAGUUGCACAAUGAUAUCCAGGAGCUGAAUUGG